AUGCUCGCCGUGCGAGAGGCGGUCCAAGGAAGCCAUCAUUGGGAUAUUUCUACAACGGGAUUGAUGCAUCCAUGUUAUACUUGUAAUUUUUUACCUUACCCUUAGAUUUGGUCCUCGGGGAUUAAUGACUGCAGCUGUCCAACAUUCUCGAAAUAAUCUAUGCCCCAGCAAUGCUUGCUGCGAAAGCAUCUGUCAUUCUGCAACUGAUGCAAAUUUUCACCGCAAACGCCGAAAGCUUCGUCUAUUGGUCUUUUCUAAGCCUUCUUGGCCUCAAUGGUGCUUUUUACUUCAGCAUAUUCGUAGCAUUCAUUUUGGCUUGCCUUCCCAGAACAAACCUCACGGAUCCAUCACUCCCGGGCACUUGUAUUUCUAAUAACGGAUACGUUUUGGCUACAUCAGUUUUCAAAAUAGUCUUGGAUCUAUCGAUUUUGAUACUUCAUCUGGUAGUCGUCUGGAGUCUGAGAAAACGCUUGAAAAGGAAAUUGACUGUUGGCGCUGUUUUUGGAACAGGAAUAUUGUUCGACGCUGUAUUCUUGCUCAUUGAACAGUUCCACUAACGUUACUUAAUGGAUGCAACUCUAGCAUAAUUCGCCUUGCAUAUACGGUACGGCUUACUUUGGCCGAAGAUGUAGCCCAUGCAAUCUUUCCAGUGGACCCAUGGGCGUAAGCAUUCUCAACACUCGAGUACUUGUAUCGAAUUUCGCUGACUCGUUGUGAACACGAAUAGUCUUCUCGAACUUACCAGUGUUAUCAUGGUAGGAUGAUUCCCGAUUUUCCCGAGAUUUUUCAAAUUUGUCAGAGGCAAAGAAGAAACCAAAGGUUAUGUGCAUACAGAUCAGGUCCAUGUCGGACGUAAAAUGUUCAAUCAGAGCAAUCACGUCCGUGUCAGCACGUUAGCAUCGACUUCGAAUGGAAGAGGUGUGGGGAGAGAAUAGUGAGAUCUCAGGAUGAUAUCGAGUUGUAUGAUGGAAAGUCACACGAAGGAAGUAGGGCUUUCUCUCAUGGGAAUGGUGUGCCAC